AUGGUGUGUAAAAAGGAAUCUUUCCUUACAGGGACGCAGACGGUGUCGCUGUUCCUCUGCCUGGUUAUCCUACUAGCGACGAUCCAACACGGAAAUGCCGAGCGAAAGAUCGUGUGUUACUAUACGAACUGGUCGAUCUAUCGACCGGGGACGGCAAAAUUCUCCCCGCAAAACAUUAAUCCGUACUUGUGCACUCAUUUGAUCUACGCUUUCGGCGGGUUUACCAAGGACAAUGCUUUGAAACCAUUCGACAAGUAUCAAGACAUCGAAAAAGGUGGUUAUGCCAAAUUUACCGGCCUAAAAACGUACAACAAAAACCUGAAGACCAUGUUGGCCAUCGGCGGUUGGAACGAAGGCUCCAGCAGGUUUUCACCGAUGGUGGCCGACCAAGAGAGGAGGCGGGAAUUCGUUAAGAAUUCGAUCAAGUUCCUUCGAAAGAAUCAUUUUGACGGCCUCGAUCUCGACUGGGAGUACCCGGCCUUCAGGGACGGUGGAAAGCCUCGAGACAAAGACAAUUAUGCCAAUCUGGUGCAGGAACUCAGAGAGGAGUUCGAUAGAGAGUCCUCGAAAACCGGAAGACCGAGACUGCUGCUGUCCCUGGCGAUGCCAGCCGGUAUCGAGUACGUCGACAAAGGCUACGACGUACCUAGAUUAAACGAGUAUCUGGACUUCAUCAACCUCCUCUCGUACGAUUAUCACUCGUCCUACGAACCGGCUGUGAAUCACCACUCCCCUCUAUAUCCCUUGGAAGAGGACAACGAGUAUAACUACGACACCGAGUUGACGAUCGACUACACGAUCGAGUAUCUGUUGAAAAAGGGUGCCUCCCCGGAGAAGAUCAUUCUAGGCAUUCCAACCUACGGACGGUCUUACACGCUUUUCAAUCAGGACGCGACCGAAUUGGGAUCCCCGGCGGAUGGGCCGGGAAUCGAGGGCGACGCGACACGAGAAAAGGGUUAUCUUGCUUAUUACGAGAUUUGCGAGAGCCUCGCAGCCACGGAGGACUGGGAAGUGAUCCAGCCGAACCCGAAGGCGAUGGGCCCUUACGCGUUCAAAGGCGACCAGUGGGUGGGCUACGACGACGAGGACAUAGUGAAACUGAAAGCCAAAUACGUGAACGAGAAGAACUUGGGCGGUAUCAUGUUCUGGACGAUCGACAACGACGAUUUCCGCGGCAAGUGCCACGAUCGUCCGUAUCCAUUGAUCGAAGCGGCCAAAGAGACUCUUUUGUCCGACAGCACGAAUACGGUUCAAAAGUCAAAGACCUUGGACAAUCGCAAGAAGACUCGCGUGUCAGGGGUCCAGAGCAACACCGUGGGAAGGAAACAAGGUACGAAUAGAAGGAGCACCACUACCGCGGCAUCCGCGACGAGGAAACGGGUCACCUCUUCACCGAGGCCCAAAUUCCGGACGUUUGCGCGGCCCAAAGCCAGCGUCGAGGAGGAGGAGGAGAAGGAGGUCGACAGGAGGUCGUACGAUCCGUCCUCGGACGAGGAGGAGGAGGAGGACGGUGGCAACGCGGUGAGAACCGCGGACAAGAGUAACAGAUCGAGGGAAAAGAGCAAGAGUAGACCGAAGAGACCCAGUUCUGGUCGGAAUCGUAGAAAGCAGAAUCGCCACAAAGGGGGCGGCAACAACGACUCUGGUCAAGAAUCUCUGAGCAACAAGCUGACCACUCCGGAACCACCGACUACACCUGAUCCUGGAACUGACUUCAAGUGCGAAGAUGAAGGAUUCUUCUCGCAUCCUCGAGACUGCAAGAAGUACUUUUGGUGUUUGGAUGCUGGUCCAGGUGGUCUUGGCGUCGUGGCGCAUCAGUUCACUUGUCCCUCGGGAUUGGUGUUCAACAAGGCAGCCGAUUCGUGCGACUAUCCGCGCAACGUGGUCUGUCCGAAGUCGAAAACGACCACCGUUUCGACGACCAGGGCGCCUAUAACGGCUGCCACCAGUCGUACAACGUAUCUGUACAGCAGCACGCGUAAACCGACCACCGAGAAACCGGACAGCGAAGAGGAAUACGAAGAGGAGUACGAGGACGAUGACGAAAUCGAAGAAGAAGAUGAAGAAGAAGAAGAAGAAGUAAAGGAAGAACCCAAAGUGUCCUCUACUUUGAAACCACUUCUGUACAAAACGAUCACUAGAAACAGGCCCACCACCACGACGACCACGACGACAACAGAGGCGCCAUCUACGACUUCCAAGUCUGAGAAACACGACCCGGAAAAAGUGAUCGGUAGCGAGGACGAGGAGGAGGACCCUAAGGUCAUCAAGGAGUUAAUAAUGCUUAUUAAGAAAGCUGGUGGUAUAGAGGAAUUGGAGAAGCAACUGUUUAUCCAAAACAAGAGUCCCGACGAGACCAGCUCGGGUAACGAGCCAGUUACUCCAGCCACGAUAAGUCGUACCCUGUACGAACGCGUGCUGAACCGUCAGGCUGGAAAAAGCGUCAGCAGACAACGCACAUCUACGAAUAAAAAUCGCGCGAACGGACCAGGCGGAGCGCAGUUCGAAGGUCUGGACGAAGUUCCGGAAGUGAAGACUCUGAGACGAACGUACAAGCCUCAAUACGUUACCAUCGAGAGACCCAAAUCCUCCACGAAAGAACCACCGGUCGAAGACGAGGAGCUCAACCAAGAGGAAGACCUCGACGACGAUACAGCGGAUGUGGCUUCCUCCGAAGAACAGUCCAUCAGCAAUCCCUUCCUAACCAGUUCCACGCAAAGAGCUACUCCUAAUUACAUUAACAUCAGACGUGCUCGGCCAUCGAGUACGACGUCGAGAAACGAGAACGACGUGGACGAGAAGGACGAAGACACGAAGGAACAAUCGGCGUCUGUUCGUUCUCGACGUCCUAACAUCUCGUCAAAGAGUACCGAGAGCAACUCCUCGGAGGAAUCAAAGUCCAGCGAGGAGAGCUCGCCAACUACCAAAUCUAGGUACAUCAACAUUCAGAGAUUCAGAAGCACGACUCCGAAGUCUCCAGAGGUCGUCUCUGAGACGAUCUCCGCCAGUCAAGAACCGAUCACGGAAUCAGUUUCGAGCGAAGCGCCAAAAAUCGACGCAAAGACGGAAGCAGCAACGACAACGACAACGUCGACGACGACAACAACGACGACGACGACGACGAUGACGCCGUCGACGACGACCACCUUUGCCUCGAGCACCGUUUCCACGACGUCGAACGACAUCGUCCGCGAACCGGAAAUGGAAGAACCGGUCUCGAGCACGACAACAGAGACCGUGAAACUGGUCGAGGAUUCGGCGACGGAAAUCCUGUUGACCACGGCGCCGGCGAGCCUGUCGACGUUGUUGACGCCGAACGCGAAAAUCGGCGCCGCGACGGUGUCGCAUCCGCGUCCGUUCGGCUUCAGUCGACGUAACCGACCGGCGGACACCGCGACCACUCCGCUGCCAGCGUCCAACGAUCAGACGAGGCCCAAGGUGAGUAUAUCGUCGCGAAACCACACGCGCUCGUCCUUUUUGGUAGGACGUGGUCGGUUAAGGCCGCGACAAGAGCCGAUCGCCGAGCACGACCGAGAACGGCCGAGCGACGCCGCCGAGGAAUCCUCACAAGCGCCCGGACGAACGAGACAACGGGGAUCCAGCAGGUACACGCCUUCCACCUACAAAACGAAAACCGAGGAAACGGUCAACUCCGUGGUCAGAGAACGGACCAGAGUCACGGAGGCUGCCAGAACCACGGAGAGCGCGUCGGAGUCUCCCAGACGGAGGUUCCGACGACCGAGCGCCAGAGCCACAGGCGAACAUCCGAAGGCGAACGAGCUCGAGGACAGUCCCAUCGUCAGGAUCACUCAGAGCUACCCGAGGAGAAGCCUGCCGUCGAGAUCGAGGAGCGCGACCGUGGACGAGGACGAGGCCGAGAAAGAGAAAAUCACCAACAUAAAGGUGUUCAAAAAACCGACCACUGUGAACCGGGACGUAUACGCUAGGACCAAGUACACGAGGAAACGGAACAACGCGGAGGAGCAGAGCAAAGAAACGGAGGACGCGGUCUCGUCCACCGCGCCGUAUUCUUCCACCGUUGUCUCGACGACGGUUUCCGCGCAACCAACGGAAGCGGAGAGUCCUCCGAACGAUCCUAUCACCGAGGAACCUUACGCGAAUUCUGUCGACGAGCUGGACAGCGCUCCAGAUUCGACGACCACGGAAUCGAGCGUCGAGACGAACACCGUGGAGCCGAUUCGAACCACGGAGUCCAUCAUGGAGAACGAGGUGGUCACCGUGACCCCGGACGAUCGACCACGCGCUGACGAGGAGCAUGCUGGAGUGUUCACCACGACCAACAAGAACGUCGUGGUCGAAGACUUCGAUCCAGACGUUAUCAGAAUCGUGUUCCCCACGAACGUAACCGAUCAAACCACUCAGGGCAGUCGAAACGCCACGGUUCCUAGGAGACGGAAGGUUCUGCUGAGGAAACGACCAGUUGCGUCCAGCACCGUCGCGUCGCAGGAAGAGGAGGAGAACAGGUCGCUUCAUCGAAGAAGGAAGGUGGUCAGGCGUCUACGUCCAGUUCAAAACACCACUACGGCAACGGAGGUUUCUUCCACCGAGCAGGACCAAGUGGUGCUGAGAUUCGGGUACACGGUACCUAACGAAGACAUCGAGGAGGAAUCGGUCACGAAGAUGGACGUAUCGACGGAAGCUUUCGACACGUCCACGGCGGAGACUUCGAGAACGAUAGAUUACACACUGGUCAGCGACUUCGCGUCCACUUUCGAAACGACGACCGUGACGCCGAUCGACGACGAGGUCACGACGGCCUCGACGAUGAUCGAUAACUUCACCACCGCCGCGACGGAGCUCGAGAUCGAAGAACCGGUCACCGAGACCGCCGCAACGGAAUCGACCGCGUCGAGUUUCUCGACGGAAUUCGACGAGACGUCGGAGCCGAGCAGCCAACCAGACGCUUCGAGUACGCCUUCGAUAGCCACGCAAACCACUCGCAGGCUCGAGCCGUACAACAGAACGUACUAUUUGGACUCCAGAUACGUGAGGAAGAAGUUUGUACGCAGACGACCCGUGGAGAACGUUAACAACGCCAUCUCGAGGAACUUCGCGCGUCCAUCGUCGACAACCGAGAGGAGCAACACGGAUGGCGCGUCGAAACGCAGAAAGAGCCUGUUCGUCCGUCGUAGGCCAGUGACCUCGACGACCGCCAGGAUGACACAGUCGACGGAGAACGUCGUGGACGAGACAACGCUCGGGGAUGAGAAAGAGUUGAGACUGGAGGAGCACCUCGACUCGAACGACGCGACUCUGAGGAUCCAUCGUGGGAACGACGAGGACGUGUUCGCUGUCGAUCUGUCGGCGAAGAGGGAACCGGAGGAGUUCUGGAGUCGGUACGUUACCCCGCCAUCGACGUUCAAUGCCACCGAGGACGAGGCCAUUUCCACCGGGAGCGAGGAAACGUACAGAUCAACGCUGGCCAGCAACCGGAAGCCGGAGUAUCGCCCUAGGUACAGGGUGCCGAACUCUUUGAGGAAAACGGUGAGCACGGAGGGCGGUUACGAUCUGGACUCGUCGCUGAAGGAAUCCGAGGAGGCGAGCGACUCGACGCCCAGGCAGCAACAAAACUUCCGUCAGCCGAGGACGCGUUACCAGUAUCGGGACGAGGAGGUACCGGACGCCACGCAAUCGCCCAGCUUCGACUCGUCGACCCACGUUAGGUCGCGGUUCUACGCGAGACGUCCAGUGUCCAGCACCACGGAGCUCUCCGUCACGGAGACUCUGAUCCCGGCGAAGAAGUUCGACUACGUGGCAGACGCUCACAGAAGACAGCAAUCGUUGCGGACCACACCGCGCGGACCCUCGGAUGAGGACACGACCACCCUGAGGAGCUUGGGGGAUGAACGACAGGAGGUCCAGAACCUGGUGGACACGGAUUACGUGACCACGCCGCCCCCGAAACCGUUGGUCACGAGAUUGGUGACCUCCGUCGAGGAGUCCGCGACCACGGAACGGCAGAAAAUUCUGAUAAAGACCAAGUACUCUUCGUUGACGUCGACCACGAGGAUCCCGUUGCAGACCACCGCCCCCUCGGUCCCCGACACCUUGGAGAAGUCCAAGGACACCUCCGGCGAGACGAACGAGGACGAGACGGCGAACGAGAUCCGUCAGAGCAACGUCGAGAGGUCCACGUUGCCCAUAGAAAGCGAGUUCCUACACCGGGCGACCGGUUGGCUCACCACCGAGUCCCACGAAUCGUCCACGAUCGAGAUCGAGUCUGUGUUCAGCAACUUGAUCGGCGCCAGAGACUCCGGCCAAACAGGUAGAAGAGAGACACAAUUCUUCUGCUUCUUCUUCCCUUCUCCGAUUCGUCGCGGACUCGAGACCGUCGGGAAUCGAUCGAACGGGAAACGAGCAAGCGAGCAACCGAGGAUCGGUACUUCGAUAGAGAUAACGGGAACGAGGAUCUCGUUGAACGGAGGACCGUCACUAAGCGUGCCGCCUUCUUCUGAUUUUCAGGUCGCCAACUCGGAAGCUAUUAGACUACCGACCCUCAAGGAACUCAUUGGUUAUCGGACGAACGAUCGCGCCGUCAGCCCGUCGCCCGUGUACUUGAGCUUGCUCGACAAACGCGCGAAUCUCGUUCUCGAGGAAGACGCGGCUCCGGGUGAAUCGGUACCGAGCCUGGCCAAAGUCUCCGGAGACUUCGAGAACCGGCCAGCGAGCGUCAGAGAACCCUGGACUCUGGAAGAGAUCGAUCAAAGUAGGAAAGGAAGCGACGCGGUAGAGGCGCCUUUGGCCUCUGGAGGAAACGAAUUGGAUUUGUUGGACGGCAGAGCGAGCGCGUAUUACGUCGAGGACAAUAUCGCCGACAACGAAGACGAUGGUCCGACCAAGAACAAGAAGAGGAUAGAUCGCCAAGAUUCGUCCACCACUACGCCCAGACCGACCACUAUGCGCGGUCCUCCGCUGGCCACUCUGUUUCAAAGUCAAAUUCCGCGUGGCUUUUACGUGACCAGAAGCGAAACUGACCCGGUCGAUACACGAAAAACAGGGAACUCAACGACCGAGCCGUCUACCUUACCGACAGCGGUACCUACUUUAUCUAUGGGAGAAGUAACAGACGCCAUUGUUAUCAUGGUAUCGACUUCACCAAGUAACACCGAAAAACAGUCUACUGUUUCUGCCAGCAUAAACAGUACGAUCAACGAUGAGAAGAGUUCCACAGCAGCUAUCGAAGGCCAAACGAUGCGCGUAAUCGGAGACAGAGUCGGAAGCACGACUCCUUCGAUCAACCGGGAAGAAACGGAGACGGAAACAAAUUUGGCGAAAACAGAAGCAUCGCCGAACAGCAAGACUACGAUAGUGCCUUUUAGUUCGUUAACCAGCUCGAUACCGGCUGAAACCGAUUUGUCCACUUUCUUGCAUUCCAAUGAACCCGUAACUAGAGAACUCUUGUUAGAUAAUUCCCCAAUGAUGACUACCGAUUCUUCUCAAUCAACGGACGUUACAAGAUCGGAUAUUUCUGAACAGAAUAAAGUUUCUCAAUCUAGCGAUUCACUGUCUGAUUCCACUUCUGAAACCUUGUACACACCUUCGAUGACUCGAAUCGCGAUAGAUCACACGUUAGAAUCAACGACAGAAACGGAAUUAAAUACGCAGAAGGAUUCCGGCGCAAGUUCGGAAGAGACUUCCACGACGAACGAGAUCACCGACGUAACAACGCAGAGUGUUCAAGAUGGCGGAAACUUUACGAUGGAUAGCCAAGACUCGAUCACAACGCCAUCUACAGUCGCUGUUACAGAGACUACGGUGAUUUCUCGGACGAACCGUCGUCGGCAAAAGAUCAAAUUCGACUCGGUUUCCGAAUUUGGUCGCAGAGCGAAUCGUAAUCGCGACAGACAAUCGGUCGAUAAUCAAGGAAAUUCGUCGAACGAGACCAGAGGGCAGCAACAGUCUGGACGUCCCGUGCCCGCUUACAGGAGACGCCAACGCAGACCCAGUACUGCUCUGAACGAUCUUCGCGAUCAGAAAAACCGAAAAGUGGCCAAGACCGUCGAGACGAAAGCGAAUAACUCUGCGAAGAAUUCGAACGAUCAAGAAACUUCGAAUGAAGGAGAGACAGACAACGGAAAGAAGCUCGUGCCAAACGCGAUUGAGACAAAAGUCCACGGAGAGCAACUUCCUGAGGUGAAUUCCUCUAAGUCUACGGUAAUGACUACUCGAACACCAGGAAGCCCACUGUCGACCAGGUUGCGGAAACCGACUACACCCUCUUCGACAUCGUCGCAAAACAAGCCUUCGAACACACUCGCGAACAAUCGAAAGAAUCGCCCGACCGAUGGAAGCGAAAAACUCGAUGCCACGAACAACACACCGGAGUUGCCGAAAUCCGAAAAGGAUAUCGAUCAAAGUAGUCGGGCGCAAGAGAUCGCGGUAACCUUGGCGGAGCCACCGACUCCACCACAGUCAGCGACCACCGGUCGACCGUCGUUAAGGAACGCCCUAAGGCGCAGGAUAAGCACUACGCUAGCACCUAGAACAGACGCGACACAGAGUAGGACGACUACCGUCCGUUUCGCGCCGGUUCCCAGAGAUCGACAGAGGCCGAAGACGAAGGAUAAACCGCAACAGAACGUGACGACGAGACCCAGACGACCGCAGGUUAUCGACUACGAUUAUUACGAGGACGAGGAGGAGCCUGUGGUCGGGAAGUCCACCUACAACGGGAAACUCUUCCUUACGAGCAAAGGUACCAUUCGGUGCCUCGAUCAGGGCAAUUUCCCACACCCGUACUCGUGCAAAAAGUUCAUUACCUGCGCAAAAAUGGUGAACGGUCAAGUGGUCGGGGCGGAAUACACCUGUCCUGAUAAAUUGUCGUACGAUCCAGUCGGAGGUAUUUGCAACUGGUCCGCUGGUCUUGGCUGCAAAGAGUAAUAAAAAUAUUAAAAAUGUUCACUGUUCUCUGAAAUACACACCGGGAUCGAACUGCGAUUACGUUUCGAGAGUCGCGUGAAAGUGUCAAACGUCUAACGGAAAGGAACAAAUAUAAAUAAAGAAAACGAUUUCCGUAGCUCGUAAGAUCGACGAUUAUUCGCGGCAACGUACGGGAACCAUCAAGAUUUAAAUGUUUAUCACCGCAAGUAGCCAUAAUCGAUAGAAACGAGAAAUGGUGAUAUUAUCGUUAAAACGUUUCUUCGUGUAAAUAUUAUAGCGUUAUUGUAUAUAAGUAGGGUUAGCUUACGCUAUCUCGUGGCGUACCGACGACAUUUAACUUAUGCGUUUUAGUGCACCGUAACGCCGAGAAGGGCGCUUUAAUCGAACCUCUAUUUUUCUAUAAGGUCCAUGUACUUUUUUCGAGCCUCUAAGAUCGAUCGACGUGCCGUUCGAUUGAGCGAUUUACAUCGCGAAUGUAUAUGUAACGACGAAAGAUUUUUUUUAUUCGGAAUAAAAGCAUCGUUUA